AUGAGCACCGUGUACGCGCAGAGAAGCAGAUCCAGUAGACCCAUCUCCAAUGCGACCAUCAAGAACAAGAUGAAGAGGUCGACAGACACACUGAGGAGGAAAAAGACAUCUACAAACAAGUCCUUCAAGAGCACCUGGAACAAUUCCGCGUACUGCGAUGGAAGCAGAAUUGCAAGCAGGAAGGAGAAGCAGGAGGAGGAGUCACUGAAGGGUAAGAGGUCGAAAUUGGGAGAAAGGGGAUUAACUAAGAGUAUGAAAAAAAGGAAAGAUAGCAACACACAUGAAGGUACGCAUGCCAAUCCACACGAUAAUCCGCAUGGCAAUGUGCGUGCACACCAUCCCCACUAUGCACUAAAACCAAGCAACAGUGAAAUUUUUAAAUUCUCCAGGAGAGGGUUCAUUCUAAGUUUUACAGGAAAUAUGCAGGAUUUUUACACCCUCUCCGAAGAGCCUCUAGGGAAGGGGACCUACGGAUCCGUCUACAAAGCGACGGAUAAAUUGCUUAAAAUUCACAGAGCUGUCAAGGUGGUGUCGAAGAAGAAGUUAAAAAAUGUACACCGAUUCAGACAAGAAAUAGACAUUAUGAAAAAUCUAGAUCAUCCUAAUGUGAUAAAGUUGCUAGAAACGUUUGAAGAUAGUAAGCAAAUUUAUUUGGUGAUGGAGUUAUGCACAGGUGGAGAAUUGUUCGACCGAAUUGUAAAAAAGGGACCUUUCUCUGAAAUGUACACCUCCUUUAUCAUGAAGCAAAUUUUUUCGGUUCUUAACUAUCUACACAUUAGAAAUAUAUGUCAUCGAGAUGUGAAGCCAGAGAAUUUUUUAUUUUUCGAUAAGAGUCCAGAAUCGCUAAUCAAGGUGAUUGAUUUUGGUCUGGCUUCCUACUUCACUGACACGAACCCAGAGAUGAAGACCAAGGCUGGAACCCCCUACUACGUUGCCCCGCAGGUGUUAAGUGGCUGCUACGACUACAAGUGUGAUUUGUGGUCCGCCGGCGUGUUGUUCUACAUCCUCCUGUGUGGGUAUCCCCCUUUCUAUGGCGAGAGUGACCAUGAGAUACUCAUCAGGGUGAAAAGCGGAAAAUUCAACUUCAAGGGCAAGGAGUGGACGGAAGUAACAGAAGAGGCAAGAGACCUCAUCAAGCACUGUCUAACCAUGGACCCACAAAAACGGACAACUGCUAGCGAAGCACUGAGGCAUCCCUGGUUUAAUAAAAAGGCGAGUAACUUUAACCUGGAUUUUAAAAUGGAUAUCCAUGUGUUGGAAAAUUUCAAAAAUUAUGCCCUUAUGUUACGAUUCCAGAAGCUAGCUAUGACGAUUAUUGCUCAACAGAGUAACGAUUACGACGUACAGAAACUCAAGGCGGCAUUUCUACACCUGGAUGAAGAAGGGAAGGGGAAUAUAACGAAGGUGCAGUUGCGGAAGGGCUUGGAGAAAAGCAACUUGAUGUUGCCCCACAAUUUUGAUUUGCUCUUGGAUCAGAUAGAUAGCGACGGCAGUGGCAAUAUUGAAUACACAGAAUUCUUGGCUGCAGCGAUUGACAGGCGGAAACUCUCCAAGAAACUCAUUUACUGUGCCUUCCGCGUCUUCGAUGUGGACAACGAUGGGGAAAUUACCACCGCGGAGCUAGCUCACAUACUUUUCAACGGAAAUAGAAGAGGAAAUAUCACAGAGAAGGAUGUCAACCAAGUUAAGAAGAUGAUCCGUGAGGUGGACAAAAAUGGUGACGGGAAGAUCGACUUUUACGAGUUCUCCGAAAUGAUGAAAUUGACGUUCUAG